AUCAGUAAAUCGUGUCAAAAAUUUCUGGAAGGCUGCGGAUUGAUUUUGCGGUUCAUAGCUCUCUCAUCAUCCGCUCCAGAAGGAAAAACAACGUCUAAGCACAUGCGUCGCCUCAGACAGAGUGGACGGAUUGGGAUUUUGGGAAGCGUCUUUUCGCCUUUGGCUUCUAGCUCUGUCUUCUGUAUGCUUAUUGCUUGUCUUUUAUAUGAAAAUUUUUGUAUAAUUAUCAUCAGUUUCGUAAUUGUUGUUAAAUUCAGUGGCUAAGGUGCGAUUCAUUGCCACAUUCAGUCUGGAGAUUGAUUGAUUGAUUGCCUCAUAAUUAGAAAAUAUCUUCCAUCCAUUGCGAACUCGGAAGUACAAUCUCGAGUUAACUCACUUUCUCUAUCUCUGUUUCUGUUCUUUCUCGCUUGAAGCAAUUAACUAUGUUGGGUUUGGAAUGCCUGCAGUGAUAUCAGUGGCACUUCGCUCCUUGGAGGAAUAAUGGGUUCUAUUCGCGCUCCGCAUUGUUCUAUAACUUCUUCGCAUAUUCAUUUGUGUAAUAGGUUCCCAUUCCCACGUACUUUGAAUUGCCACCACCAUCACCAGCUGCAGUGCCGUAAAAACCCUUUUCAUUUGACUAUUUUUUCCGAACCUGGGUGUCUUUCUUCUUUUUGUAAUCAUAAUAGACAGGUCGUCAGUGGGGCUUCCUCUGCUUCUCAAGGAACUAUCAGGGAAGAUGUAGAGCAAAGGAUGACUGGGGAACUGGGAAGUGGCGGGAAGGUUCUUCUGAAGGUGAGGUUGGCUCACCAAGUUGAAUUUGGGGAGUCUGUAGCAAUUCUAGGGUCAUCUGAAGACUUGGGCUCUUGGAAGAAUUGUGUUCUUCUGAAUUGGAGUGAGGAUGGGUGGGUUUGCGAUUUAGAGCUUAAAGGGGAUGAGCGAGUCGAGUUCAAGUUCGUCAUUGUGGGAAAGGAUGGGAGUGUGUUGUGGGAAUCUGGAGAUAACCGGGUUCUCCAUCUGCCUAAGAUAGGGAAAUUUAGCUCAGUUUAUCAAUGGAGUCAAACUGGUGAGGCUGUUGAAAUGUUGCCUUUGGAUGUUGAAGAGGUUAGUGAAGAAGAUGAAAUAUUGCCUUUGGACGUAGAGGAGGUUAGUGAAGGAGAUAAAAUGUUGGCCUUGGAUGUAGAGGAGAUUAGUGAAGAAGAUGAAAUGUUGCCUUUGGAUGUACAGGAGGAUAGUGGAGGAGAUAAGAUGUUGACUUUGAAUGUAGAGGAGGUUAGUGAAGGAGAUAAGAUGUUGCCUUUGGAUGUAGAAGAGGUUAGUGAAGGAGAUAAAAUGUUGGCUUUGGGUGUCGAGGAGGUUAGUGGAGGAGAUAAAAUGUUGGCUUUGGGUGUCGAGGAGGUUAGUGGAGGAGAUAAAAUGUUGGCUUUGGGUGUCGAGGAGGUUAGUGAAGGAGAUAAAAGGUUGGCUUUGGAUGUAGAGGAGGUUAGUGAAGGAGAUAAAAUGUUGGCUUUGGAUGUAGAGGAGGUUAGUGAAGGAGAUAAAAUGUUGGCUUUGGAUGUAGAGGAGGUUAGUGAAGGAGAUAAAAUGUUGGCUUUGGAUGUACAGGAGGUUAGCGAAGGAGAUAAAAUGUUGGCUUUGGAUGUAGAGGAGGUUAGUGAAGGAGAUCAUUUGGAUGUACGGGAGGUUAGUGAAGGAGAUCAAAUGUUGGCUUUGGAUGUAGAGGAGGUUAGUGAAGGAGAUAAAAUGUUGGCUUUGGAUGUAGAGGAGGUUAGUGAAGGAGAUAAAAUGUUGGCUUUGGAUGUAGAGGAGGUUAGUGAAGGAGAUAAAAUGUUGGCUUUGGGUGUCGAGGAGGUUAGUGAAGGAGAUAAAAUGUUGGCUUUGGGUGUCGAGGAGGUUAGUGAAGGAGAUAAAAUGUUGGCUUUGGGUGUCGAGGAGGUUAGUGAAGGAGAUAAAAUGUUGGCUUUGGGUGUCGAGGAGGUUAGUGGAGGAGAUAAAAUGCUGCCUUUGGGUGUUGAGGAGGUUAGCGAAGGAGAUAAAAGGUUGCCUUUGGAUGUAGAGGAGGUUAGUGAAGGAGAUAAAAUGUUGGCUUUGGAUGUAGAGGAGGUUAGUGAAGGAGAUAAAAUGUUGGCUUUGGAUGUACAGGAGGUUAGUGAAGGAGAUCAAAUGUUGGCUUUGGAUGUACGGGAGGUUAGUGAAGGAGAUCAAAUGUUGGCUUUGGAUGUACAGGAGGUUAGUGAAGGAGAUCAAAUGUUGGCUUUGGAUGUAGAGGAGGUUAGCGAAGGAGAUAAAAUGUUGGCUUCGGGUGUCGAGGAGGUUAGUGAAGGAGAUAAAAUGUUGGCUUUGGGUGUCGAGGAGGUUAGUGAAGGAGAUAAAAUGUUGGCUUUGGGUGUCGAGGAGGUUAGUGAAGGAGAUCAAAUGUUGGCUUUGGGUGUCGAGGAGGUUAGUGGAGGAGAUAAAAUGCUGCCUUUGGGUGUUGAGGAGGUUAGCGAAGGAGAUAAAAGGUUGCCUUUGGAUGUAGAGGAGGUUAGUGAAGGAGAUAAAAUGUUGCCUUGGGAUGUAGAGAAGGUUAGUGAAGGAGAUGAAAUGUUGCCCCUGAAAGCAGAAGAGAUUAAUGGGGAUGGAACGUCUCCUUUGGAUGCAAAGGAUUUCACUGAAGGAAAUGAAACGUCGCCUUCGGAUGCAAAGGAGAUCGCUGAAGGAGAUACAAUCUUUCCCUCGGGUGCACUGGAGAUCGCUGAAGGAGAUACAACCUUGCCUUUGGAUGCAAAGGAGAUAAAUGAAGGAGAAGAAACUUUGUCUUUUGAUUCAAAGGGGAUCGAAGAAGGAAAUGAAACGUUGCCACUGGAUGCAGAAGGGGUCAACAAAGGAGAUGAAAUGUUCCCUUUUGAUGUGAGGGGGAUCAACGAAGGAGAUGAAAAGGACAGGGAUGUUGAAGCUGGCAAUGGCCCUUUGGUAGAAGAUGAGGCCAGUCCUUUUGUUGGGCAGUGGAAAGGGAAUCUGGUACACCCCAACCGGGAAUCUGAGGGGAUUUGGGACACUUCUGGUCUUGAGGGGUUAGCUCUACAGUUGGUAGAAGGAGAUAAAAAUGCCAGGAAUUGGAGGAGAAAGCUUGAAGUUGUGCGUGAAUUAUUAGUCGAAAAUGUGCACGCUGAGGAGUGCCUGGAGUCAUUGAUAUAUUCUGCUAUCUACCUUAAGUGGAUAAAUACAGGUCAAAUCCCUUGUCUUGAAGAUGGGGGUCAUCACUGGCCAGAUAGGCAUGCUGAAACUUCUAGGAUUAUAUUUCGCGAACUAGAACGAUCGUUGUCCAAGAAAGAUAUUUCUCCCCAGGCAUCUCUUAUCGUCCGAAAAAUUCAUCCAUGUUUGCCAUCUUUUAAAUCAGAAUUUACUUCAUCUGUUCCUUUAACACGUAUACGAGAUAUUGCUCAUCGGAACGAUAUCCCUCAUGAUCUCAAGCAAGAAAUCAAACAUACAAUACAAAACAAGCUUCAUCGCAAUGCUGGUCCGGAGGACUUAAUUGCCACAGAAGCAAUGCUUACAAGGAUAACCAAGAACCCCGGAGAAUAUAGUCAGGUCUUUAUAGAGCAGUUCAAAAUAUUCUACCAAGAAUUGAAAGAUUUCUUCAAUGCUGGGAGCCUUGCAGAACAACUUGAAUCAAUCAAGGAGUCUGUUGAUGGACAUGGCUUGUCGGCUCUUGCCUACUUCUUGGAGUGCAAAAAGAACUUGGAUGCUGCAGAUGAGUUGGGAAGUUCUUUCCAAAAUCAAGGCACUGACCUGGUUUUGAAAACCAUUCAAUCAUUGAAUGCUUUGAGAGAAAUACUCAUAAGAGGUCUUGAAAGUGGCUUGAGAAAUGAUGCUUCUGAUACAGCAAUAGCCAUGCGACAAAAAUGGCGUCUUUGUGAGAUCGGGCUUGAGGACUAUUUGUUUGUUCUUCUUAGCAGAUUUAUAAAUGUGAUGGAGGCAACAAGGGGUGGUGAUAUGCUGGUAGAAAAUGUGAAGUCAAAGAAUGUAAGCUCUUGGAAUGAUCCACUGGAUGCCCUUAUUUUUGGUACUCAUCAGCUGGGCUUAUCUGGUUGGAAGCCAAAAGAGUGUGUGACUAUCGUAAAUGAGAUUCGUGCUUGGAAGGAGAGAGGUCUCGCUGAAAGGGAAGGAAGUGAAGAUGGCCAAACUAUUUGGGGAUUGAGGCUUAAGGCUACUCUUGAUAGAACAAGGAGGCUGACUGAGGAAUAUUCUGAAGCGCUUCUUCAAAUAUUCCCUGAGAAAGUUAAGAUGCUUGGAAAAGCGUUUGGGAUCCCUGAAAACAGUGUGAGAACAUAUACUGAAGCUGAAAUUCGUGCUAGCGUAAUUUUUCAGGUAUCAAAGCUAUGCACGAUUCUUUUGAAAGCAAUCAGAACCGCACUUGGAUCGCAGGGUUGGGAUGUUCUUGUGCCAGGAUCUGUUGAAGGAACAUUUGUUCAGGUUGAGAGGAUUGUCCCAGGGUCUCUUCCAACAUCCAUAGAAGGGCCUGUUAUUCUUAUGGUUAACAAAGCCGAUGGCGAUGAAGAGAUAACAGCUGCUGGGAGCAACAUAACAGGAGUUGUGCUACUACAGGAACUACCUCAUUUAUCUCAUCUUGGUGUAAGGGCUCGACAAGAAAAAGUUGUAUUUGUUACAUGUGAGGACGACGAAAGAACUUCUGUUCUGCAGAAACUUCUGGGGAAUUUUGUGAGGAUGGAAGCAUCGGCAACUUCUGUUCAUAUAUAUCCUCCAUCAGAUACAAGCACUGAUAAUUUUCCUGCCAGAACUGCUCCAGAUGAGUACGUGUUUAGUUUUGAAAAGUCCAGUAUGCAAGACCCCUUAUUACCUGCCUCUGGAGCUCCAUACCCGACACAGGUGUCGUAUAAUGGAAUUUCUUCUGGAGUGGUACCGCUUGCUGAUGCAGAUGCUCGAAUUGCAGGAGCAAAAGCUGCAGUUUGUGGUCGUUUGGCUUCUUUGGCUGCCAUCUCUGAUAAAGGUUUUACAAGUCUACAGAUUCCAGCUGCAUUUCGAGUUCCUGCAGGUGCAGUGAUUCCAUUUGGUUCUAUGGAAUUAGCACUCACUCAAACUAAUUCCAUGGAAAAGUUCAUAUCUAUUCUGGAACAAAUCGAAACAGCAAAAGUAGGAGUGGAACUAGAUGAACUUUGCAAACAACUCCAUGACUUGGUGUCUUCUCUGCAAUUGACACAAGACAUAAUUGAUAGUUUAGGGACAAUAUUUCCUGAAGAUGCACGCUUAAUCGUCCGUUCGAGUGCAAAUCUCGAGGAUUUGGCUGGCAUGUCAGCUGCUGGACUUUACGAGUCAAUUCCAAAUGUAAGUUUGAGAGAUCCAACUGUUUUUAGAAACGCUGUUAGCAAAGUAUGGGCGUCGUUGUACACUCGAAGAGCAGUUCUAAGCAGACGAGCUGCUGGAGUACCUCAGAAGGAUGCUUUAAUGGCAGUACUGGUACAAGAAAUGCUUUCUCCUGAAUUGUCAUUUGUUCUGCACACAUACAGCCCAACCAACCAAAAUGGCAAGUAUGUUGAGGCUGAAAUUGCCUGUGGACUUGGCGAAACUCUGGCUUCUAGCACCCGUGGCACGCCGUGGCGACUUUCGUUCGGGAAGUUUGAUGGUUUAGUACAAACACUGGCCUUUGCAAACUUCAGUGAAGAACUAAGAGUUCUUGCUGCUUGUCCUGCUGAUGGUCAAAUGGCACGUUUUACUGUAGAUUACAGUAAAAAGCCAUUGUCUAUCGACCCGAAAUUUCGUGAGCAGCUAGGUCGACGUCUUUGCUCUGUUGGGUAUUUCUUGGAAUGCAAGUUUGCCUGCCCACAGGAUGUCGAAGGCUGCGUCGUCGGGGAUGACAUUUAUAUUGUUCAAGCACGCCCGCAGCCAUUGUAGAACGUUCAAUGUUUUUAAUGGCCAAGUUCUUGGAGGCCGAUGAAACGGUGAAGAUAGAAAAUAUCAUUCUGUCUAGGCCUAAAUGUAUAUCGUUAAUCUUAGUAUAAAUGAUUUAACUAAAGUUAUUCUUUGGUUCGAGCUGGCCGAGGAAAUAAUGUCACUCAAUCAUUAUCAAA